AUGGCACCUCCAGUCACAGUCAGAUUCCAGUUGCUCUUCUUGAGAGCAAUAGGUUUUCUCAUAGGCUUAAUAGGCCAAGCGGCUCGUGCUUUUGGCAGCCACAAAUUUGACUCAAAGACCACAAGGCCAGUGACUGAACCAUUGCUUCUGCUCUCCGGGAUACAACUGGCCAAAAUGAUUCGUCAGAGGAAGGUGAAAUGUAUAGAUGUUGUUGAAGCUUAUAUCAACAGAAUCAAGGAUGUAAAUUUAAUGAUCAAUGGAAUCGUCAAGUACAGGUUUGAGGCAGCCAGAAAAGAGGCACUUGCUGUAGAUCAAAGACUUGCAGAAAACCAAGAAGAUGAAACUAUCUUAGAAAAGAAAUGGCCAUUACUUGGUGUUCCUUUGACAGUAAAAGAAGCAUUCCAGCUACAAGGAAUGCCAAAUUCUUCUGGCCUCGUGAACCGUCGUGAUGCAAUUUCAAAUACAGAUGCCACUGUGGUUGCAUUACUGAAGAAGGCUGGUGCCAUUCCCCUUGGAAUAACCAACUGUAGUGAGUUGUGCAUGUGGUAUGAAUCAAGUAACAAGGUCUAUGGCCGAUCCAACAAUCCAUAUAACUUACAGCAUAUUGUUGGUGGAAGUUCUGGUGGUGAGGCCUGCACCCUGGCUGCUGCCUGUUCAGUGAUAGGUGUGGGCUCUGAUAUUGGUGGCAGCAUUCGGAUGCCUGCUUUUUUCAAUGGCAUUUUUGGACACAUGCCUUCACCAGGUGUGGUUCCCAACAAGGGUCAGUUCCCCAUGGCUGGGGAAGCCCAGGAGCAGUUCCUGUGUACUGGUCCAAUGUGUCGCUAUGCAGAAGACCUGAUCCCAAUGCUGAAGGUCAUGGCAGGACCAGGGAUCAGAAAAUUAAAACUGGAUGAAAAAGUUCAUUUAAAGUACUUGAAAUUUUACUGGAUGGAACAUGAUGGAGGCUCAUUAUUAAUGUCCAAAGUAGAGCAGGAUCUCAUUGAGGCCCAGAAAAAGGUUGUGGUUCACCUUGAAACGGUCCUUGGAGCCUCAGUUCAACAUGUUAAACUGAAACAAAUGAAAUAUUCUUUUCAGUUAUGGAUAAAAAUGAUGUCCACAAAGGGACUUGAUGGAAAGGAACCUGUGAAGUUUGUGGAUCUGCUUGGUGACCAUGGAAAGCCUAUCAAUCCUCUGUGGGAAUUGAUAAAAUGGUGUUUCGGUGUGUCAGUGUAUACUAUUCCGUCCAUUGUCAAAAAUAUACAAUACAAAAAGUUUAAACAGAUAGAAGAAAGUCUCCACAAAGAGCUGGUGGAGAUGUUACGUGAUGAUGGUGUGUUCUUAUAUCCUUCACAUCCCACAGUAGCUCCCAAGCAUCAUGUUCCUUUAACAAGGCCUUUCAACUUUGCUUACACAGGUAUCUUCAAUGCCCUGGGUUUGCCUGUGACUCAGUGUCCACUGGGUUUGAAUACCGAAGGACUUCCUCUAGGAAUCCAGGUUGUGGCUGGACCCUAUAAUGAUCACUUAACCUUGACUGUGGCCCAGUACUUGGAGAAAAGUUUUGGGGGCUGGGUAUGUCCUGGAAAGUUUUAG